CUAUUUUCGGUAAAAUCUUUUCCACCUUACAUUCUUCUUCUUUCUAAAAGUGAAUGAACAUAUUUGGCUCUUUUCUUCUAGUUAUUGUACAGUCAAUCACCAACUCUUCAUUCCUCUCUCACACAAACAAUGAAUGUUGAAACCCUAACUUGUAAAUCUCACAUUCCGAUAAAACCCCCUAAAUACAAUCCGAAUUUCCAUGUUGACUUCUCUUCAACCCGUCUCCGAACUUUUCGGGUUACGCCGUUGACCCGAAUGUGCAAUCUCCGCAGGCGAAUAAUCACCGCUUGUGUAAAUCCUAGCCAUGAAAUUCCGGUGCUAGAAAGCUUGAAUUUGAAUUCAAGUACCGGUGAAGAAGCAGAUGAAGAAAAAGUAGAAGCGGAAACAAUUCGAGAAGAAAUUUCGGUGGUGGAUUCCAAUGGUAAAGGGGAAUUUUCUGGGAAUGGAAGCAUUUGGGGUCAAGUGGUGGAGAUUGUGAAGUUUUCAGGGCCAGCAGUUGGGCUGUGGUUAUGUGGGCCCUUAAUGAGUCUCAUUGAUACCGCAGUUAUUGGUCAAGGAAGUUCCAUUGAACUCGCCGCUCUAGGUCCCGGAACUGUGUUUUGUGAUAACACAAGCUAUGUUUUUAUGUUCCUUUCAAUAGCCACUUCAAAUCUAGUUGCUACUGCACUGGCCGGGCAGGAUAAAAAUGAAGUUCAACAUCAGAUAUCUAUAUUGCUUUUCAUUGGGUUGGCCUGUGGUGUUGUGAUGUUUGUCUUUACAAGAUUGUUUGGUACUUGGGGACUGACUGUUUUCACAGGGGCAAAAAACACAGAAAUAAUAGAUGCAGCGAAUACUUAUGUCCAGAUUCGAGGCUUUGCAUGGCCAGCCAUGCUGGUUGGUUGGGUUGCCCAAAGUGCAAGUCUAGGCAUGAAAGAUUCGUGGGGACCUUUAAAGGCUUUGGCAGUUGCCACUGUUAUUAAUGGCAUUGGCGACAUAGUUUUAUGCAGAUUCUUUGGAUAUGGUAUUGCUGGAGCAGCAUGGGCAACAAUGGUCUCCCAAGUUGUUGCAGCUUAUAUGAUGAUUGAGGCCCUGAACAAUAAAGGAUAUAAUGGUUUUGCCAUAUCUGUCCCAUCAUUGAAUGAAGUUCUACAGAUUUUCGUUCUUGCAGCACCUGUGUUCCUAACAAUGAUGUCAAAGGUGGCAUUCUACUCUCUACUUGUCUACUAUGCUACAUCAAUGGGCACAAACACUGCUGCUGCACAUCAGGUCAUGCUACAACUAUUCUGCAUAUGUGCAGUAUGGGGUGAGCCUCUCUCUCAAACAGCGCAGUCAUUUAUGCCUGAAUUGUUAUAUGGAGUGAAUCGGAAUUUGUCAAAGGCCCGGAUGCUGCUGAAGUCCCUUUUAAUCAUUGGAGCAUCAAAUGGAUUAUUACUGGGAUCUGUCGGAGUGUCAGUUACAUGGUUUUUCCCCAAAAUAUUUUCACCUGAUCCUCUGGUCAUACAAGAGAUGCACAAAGUAUUGCUGCCAUUAUUUCUAACUCUCUGGGUCUCGCCGUGUGUUCAUAGUCUUGAGGGAACCUUGUUGGCUGGACGGGACUUAAAAUUUAUUAGCAUAUCAAUGACCACAGUAUUUGGUUUGGCCUCUCUUCUCGUCAUGCUCUUGAGCAGUAAAGGAUUUGGUUUGCCUGGAUGCUGGUUUGCGCUAGUAGCAUUUCAAUGGUCACGAUUUUUGAUUGCUCUACGGAGGCUUACUUUGGCAGAUGGCUUGCUUUACUCGGAAAACUCAGAUCGUUAUGAGUUACGAAAGUUGAAAGCUGCAUAAGUUUGAUAUGCUUAAGAUAAAUCUGUCGACAAAAAAUGGAGCAAGUUUUACGUUAAAAAUCUCCAAUUUACUGCGCUGGCAUAGUGAUUAAUUAUCAACACCAAAUAUUAUUGUUGUUAUUUGUCAGUAUUAAAGUAAUUGAUCCAUUAUGUAUCAAAUUUCAAAUGAGUUGCAAAUUACUAUUGACAUGUCCAAUACUUGGAGAGCUAUGGUAAUAGUAUUUGACUUUUUGUCAAUGUUUGA